ACUCCUUUUACUCCUUUUUGGGUUUAUUCAAAAGACUAAUCUUAAUUUCAAAUGAAAAUCUCUAAAUACUCAGCACGAUACCCAAAAAUUAAAUUAAAUAAAUAUGUCCAAUCCACCAAAAAAAAAACAAAAAAAACCGCUAAAAUGUUUAGAUUCUAAUCUAUUGUUUAAAAAAUUUCGUCAGGAAUAGUGAUUAGGAAAUUUCAUUAUUCUUUCCUUGUUUUGUGUUAAGGCAAAGUUCAUUUAUAAAUAGUAUCGCUAAAAAUGUUGUGCAAGCAGGAGGUGAUUUUUCGUAACUUAAAACUGGUUCAAUUGUUAAGAAAAUAUUCUACAAGUGUUCUUAAAACCAAAAUAGAUAUAAAUUCCGAUAGUUAUCUGGAAAAUCAUGCCCAUAUAUCCAGCCUGGUCAAAAACCUGCAACAAAAAACCAAUGAAGUUCUUCAAGGAGGCGGUGAGAGGCUUAUUGCGAAGCACACGGGCAAAGGAAAAAUCUUCGUCCGAGACCGUAUUGAUUUGCUUUUAGACAAAAAUUCUGCCUUUUUAGAACUAUCGGCUUUAGCGGCCAACGAAUUGUAUCAGGAUACUAUUAAUUCAGCAGGAAUUGUUACUGGAAUUGGAAAAAUUCAUGGUCAAGAAUGUGUGAUAAUUGCCAACGACGCUACCGUAAAAGGAGGAACCUAUUAUCCAAUCACUGUUAAAAAACAAGGCAGGGCUCAAGAAAUAGCCCAAGAAAACAACCUGCCGUGCAUUUAUUUGGUAGACAGCGGCGGAGCCAACCUAAACUACCAAUCCGAAGUGUUUCCUGAUAGAGACCAUUUUGGUAGAACUUUUUUCAAUGAAGCGAACAUGUCAGCAAUGGGAAUUCCUCAAAUUGCAGUAGUCAUGGGUCCGUGUACUGCUGGAGGCGCUUACAUACCAGCAAUGGCCGAUCAGUCCGUUAUAGUUAGAAAACAAGGCACCAUUUAUUUGGCUGGAGUUCCUCUAGUUAAAGCUUCUACAGGAGAAGAUGUGACGUCUGAAGAACUUGGUGGGGCUGAUAUGCAUUGCUCCCAAUCAGGUGUCACCGAUCAUUACGCAUUAAAUGAUGAACAUGCGAUAGAUAUUGCUAGAGAUAUAAUUAAAAACCUCAAUAGGAAGGCUAAUAAUGUGUUUGGAGACAGUUUUGAACAGCCGUUGUAUAAUCCUGAAGACUUAUAUGGGAUUAUAAAUAAGGAUAUCAUGAAAUCGUUUGAUGUUAAAGAAGUAAUCGCCAGAGUGUUUGAUGGCUCAGAAUUUGAUGAAUUUAAAAAGAAAUAUGGAGAAACUUUGGUGUGUGGUUUUUCAAAGCUCUAUGGUAAAACUGUAGGGGUUUUAGGCAACAAUGGAGUAUUGUUUUCGGAGAGUGCCUUGAAAGGAGCACAUUUCAUACAAAUGUGCUGUCAAAGGAAUAUUCCUUUGAUAUUUUUACAGAAUAUUACCGGUUUUAUGGUUGGUAGGCAAGCCGAAACUGGAGGGAUUGCUAAAAAUGGAGCUAAACUGGUUACAGCAGUUUCAUGUGCUCAAGUACCUAAAAUUACUGUUAUCAUCGGUGGAUCCUUCGGAGCAGGAAAUUAUGGUAUGUGUGGUCGAGCGUUUUCGCCUAGGUUCCUCUACGUUUGGCCUAAUGCUAGAAUAUCAGUAAUGGGCGGGCCCCAAGCUGCUGGAGUACUUUCUCAAGUUGCCAAUAAAAAAUGGAAAGAAGGCGAAAAAGAGCAAUUUGAAAAGCAAAUUAUCGAUAAGUUUGAUGGGGAAGGUUCGCCAUAUUUUAGUACUGCCAGGCUAUGGGACGAUGGAGUUAUUGAUCCUAAGGAUACAAGAAAAGUGCUCGGUUUGAGUUUGGCGGCUGCAUUGAAUAAGAAAAUACCGAAAACUAAUUUUGGUAUUUUUAGAAUGUAAAAUUUGAUUAAUAAAUUAAAGCAUUUUGUUACCAAAUUAUUUGUUUUUAUUUUCUAUUUUGAAACAACAGUUGUAUCUCUUUUUUCAAUAUAUCUCAGUUGCUUCCUCUUCAUAUUCUUCAACUUUUUAGUAUUUGUAAUUACUUGUACUAUUUCUGACUUCUUCCUGUUUUCUUCUUGUUUCUUCAAAUUGUCACGUCUUCUUUGCUUUUUCAUUUCGGCCUCUUCUUUUUUUUGUGCGAUUCUCUCUCUAGAAGCUUCCUUAAUUUUCUGCAGUUUUUCUCUAAGGGCUUGUUUUUUCUCGAACGAACUUUUCAAACCUCUCGUUUUGAUUAUCGAGGAGAAUUUCUUUUUCUCGGAUUUCCACACUCUCCCUGAUUUCGGUUUGCCUUUUGGAAUUGG